AUGAAUAAUGAGUCAUCUGUUUCACAGAUGCAAAUUAAAAUAUUAUAUACAUUUAACAAUCUAGAACAAACUUAUUUAUCAAGAUCAAUUGAUUCAUAUAAUAUUAAAACUGUUAAAAUUCCAAUAAAUGAAGAAUCAGAAAUUACAUUAGGAGCAAUAGAUUUAAAAACAUGUUUAUUACAAAUUAUAAAAUCAUCACCCGAUCAUUUUAAAUUAAAUAUUGAAGAUUAUGCAGUUUAUUAUAAAGAUUUAACUGAACAACCAGAUGAACCAUUUGUAAGUAAUGGUAUAUUAUCAAAACUUAUAAAUAAAGAAGAUAUGGAAGAAAAUCUAAUACCUGGGAGGGUUUGUCAAAAUCUACUGGCUAAUUUUUUAUUUGGUAACAACUCAAAAUCAAAUCAAACAUUAGAAAUAAGAUUAAAAUUAAAUACAAUUGAAAAAGUAAUUGAAAAAAAACUGAUAACUCCCAUUGUUAAACGUCCACUGGGUCCAUUAGCUUUAAAACAUCCCAUUCAAUUACAAUUAGAAAAUUCAAGGAAAAGAUUAUAUGAAGAACAAAUGGAAAAGGAAAAGGAAAAGGAAAAGGAAAAAGAAUCAAUUCAACAUCGUCAAAAAAUAACUAAAACAAUGUCAAUAUCAAAUAAUAUACCAAAAGCAACUAAAACUUUGUCAACUACUAAUUUACCACCACAAAAAGCAAGUAGAACAUUAUCAUUACCUGCUUUACCAAAUAUAACAACUAUUCAACAAGUAGACAAGAAUUUAAAAGCAAAAUAUAAACAAGAUCAACUUGAUAAAAGGUUUAAUUUCAUGGAAAAAGACAAACCAAAAAUGGCUGCAAAUUCUCAACAGUGCUACCAGUCAACUAACAAUUUAUUACCACAAAGAGCUAAACGUACUAGAUCAAUGUAUACAAAUACACCAUUAAUGAUAUCAUCACCAAUUAAUGAAGAAACUUAUUCAUCAGAUGAUCCAGAAUAUAGAGAUGAACAAAUAAAUAUAGAAGAAGAAAUUGAAGAAGAAGAAGAAGAUUUGGAUGUUGAUCAAGAUCAUGCUGUUACAUCACCAUAUACACCACAACAACCACCAUAUAUUCAACAAUCUGAAAAAUCAAUUUCAAAAUCAAGUUCUCCAAUAGUUGAGUUACCUGAAGAUUUCGAUUCAAGAAGAAGUUAUGCAAUUCCAAAUACAAAAUUAAGUGAAAAUCAUGGAUUAAUAUGUAUAAAUACUUGUUGUAAGACUGAGUAUUCAAUUGCUUGGAGAUAUUUCGAAGGUGAUAAUGCAACCGAUUCAGAACAAUAUGCAAAAAUAAUUAGGGCUAAAGAAUUUGAUAAAAGGUUAUAUGAAGAUAUGGUUGGUCCUUUAUGUAAUGCAUGUUUUUUAUUUUACAAAAAUAAAGGUUUUAUGAGACCUUUACAUGUUGUAAGGAAAUAUAAUCAGCAACAAAGAUAUAAUGCAAAAUUAAAAUUAAAAGAGAAGGAAAUAGAAAGAAAAAUGAAAGAAAGAAAUCAAAAACAACCACCACCACCACCACAACAACAACAACAACAACAACAACAACAACAACAACAACAACAACAACAACAACAACAACAAUCACAGCAACAACAACCACAUCAAAAUCAAUCACCAGCAGAAAUAAAACAACAUCAACAACCUGAAUCAUCACCAUUUCCAACACCUACAUAUACUCCAAGUGCAAUAAAUCAAAAAAUUAAAAAACAACAACAACAACAAAAUAACUAUGAUGAUCUUUUAGAAAUGAAUAUUUUUGGAGGACCAGCAACUGACCUCGACCCCCUUCCAACAAAUUCAACCCCACCAAUGAUAGCUACUAAAUCAAACACAAGGGUAAUUAAUCUCGAAGAAUCAGAACCAGAAUCAACAAAAGCAAAUAGGAGUAACACGCGGGUAAUUAAUCUUGAAGAUAAGGAAAAUCAACCACCAACUACAAAUGUAACAAAUGAUGAUUUUGAAAACAUGUUAGCAUUCGAUGAUAAUGAAUGGAUGAAUUAUCUAUCAAAAACUCCCGUGGAUCAAAUUGAAAAAUCUCAAUCUCCAUUGAAAGAAAUUAAUAUAAAUACAGUAGCAAACUCCAAGUUGAAGAAUAAAGAAUUGGCUUCGAGUCCUUAUAUAAAUGAUGAUAUUGAAAUAGAUGAUGAGAUUAAUAAAUUAGUUAAUGGAAGUCCGUUUAUAUCGAGUCCUGAAAAAGCAUAUAGAAAUAAUACAACAAUGUCAGCUAGGAAAUUUGGAAGUUUACUGAGUCCAAAUUCUGAAUUUUAUAAUAUUGAUGAAGUUGAUGAAAAAUGA